AUGGUAGUACAGACAUACAGACUGAUCGUUUCCGUUCAUUCCCCGAAAGCAGGAUUUGACAAAGGGCGUGUUGUUCUAGUGUUGGUAGGUUGCGUCAUAGUUUGUGGAAUUGUUGCAGCUUUACCAUUUGUUGGAACAGCUGACUAUACACCAUACAGUCGGCCUAUGUUAUGCCAUAUAAGAUGGAUACCAUUUGAUCAUGCUAAUAUAGCAUAUUUUACCAGUAUAGCAAUAGUAUUCUUUGUACUUCCAACAGUCUUGAUUUCAACAAUAUACGCUUCAAUAUAUUUUAAGACUACAAAAUCUUCCCUGAAAUCUCUUUCUUCAACAAGAAGUAAGCAUCGGCAUAUAUUCAUGUUAAAGACGUUCCUUAUCAUCACAGUUGCCUACAUACUGACUUGGUCUCCUUAUGUGGUAUGCAUUGUUUUGGAUUUAAGUGGAAUUGAUCACCAUUCGUAUUCCCAUGUUAUUUAUCUUCUAUGUACAAUGGUAGCAAAAGUGUCUCUCACUUGGAUUCCGGUUAUAUUUGUUAUUCGUCACAGCCAUUAUAAGAAGGAAUUAGAUACUCUUACCCAUGGUGUGAUUGAAAAAGUUGGACAGCUAACCAUGUCAUCAGCAGAGUACAAUUUAGAUAGUACAGACAGGACUGUUGAAGGGGAGAUCGCGGUGGAAAAUGAAUUAAUUCCUUCAAAACCAGUUCUUAUAUCGUACAAUAUAUCAGAUGAUGCUUUGUGA